AAUCAGUUUGUUGCUUGCGCCAGCCGAGAGCGCACGAAAGCAUCGCCUCCACUCCACAUUUUACAUUCCACAUUCCACACUCGAUCCAAAAGCAGAACAAGAAAAGAAUAAAAGGUGACGCAGUCGGAGACGCAGAGAGAGACGGAGUGAAGUGCAUUGAGUGCGAAUGAGUCGCGAUCUCAAUUGAAUAUUUAGUCUUGGUUUCCCAAAGCCAGAUCUAGUCAACAAUCUGAUCUCCGCUGAAACUGACGCGAUACGAUCAGUCUCCGAUCCGUUGAGCCGGUCUCAUUGGUGCAUAGAAUAAAACAAAAUUAAAAAAGCGCAAAAACAAACACAAAACAAAAUAAAAAUAAUAAUAAUAUAAGAAACACAACAAAGGCGAUUGUUGACAUACUUGAAACAUAUUGAGCAUAGAACCAGUUUUGAUUUCGUCUAAAUAAGUGCCUGCAUCAUGACUAAAAUGCCAGAGACAACGUUUGCCGACCUGAGCUUGGCCGAUAAGACAUCCGUGAAGAAAUCCAACAUCGAAGCUCGCCGAUUCUCCGACGUUUCCACCUGUUCCUUUAGCUCGGCAUGUUUCACAGAAACUUCCGAUGAGGAUGAGGCUUCUCCAAAGGAUGUAGUGCAGCGAAACUCCAAAGGCAGUUCUGACUUCUGCGUCAAGAAUAUCGGCAAAGCCGCCUUCGGACGCCGAGAAAUCGAAAUCGCUGAGCAGGAGAUGCCGGGAAUUAUGGCACUGCGAAAGCGUGCUUCCGAGGAUAAGCCGCUCAAGAAUGCCAACAUUGUGGGUUGCACCCACGUCAAUGCCCAGACGGCGGUGCUCAUUGAAACCCUGGUUAAACUGGGAGCAUCUAUCCGCUGGGCAGCAUGCAACAUCUACUCGACGCAGAAUGCGGUGGCGGCGGCACUGGCUGAGGCUGGAGUACCGAUCUUUGGCUGGCGCGGCGAGACGGAAGAGGAUUUCUGGUGGUGCUUGGACAAGUGCAUACACUCGGAGGGCUGGCAGCCGAAUAUGAUACUGGACGAUGGCGGAGAUGCCACGCAUCUGAUACUUAAAAAGUAUCCGGAAUACUUCAAGUCAAUCAAGGGUAUUGUCGAGGAGAGCUUGACUGGUGUUCACAGACUAUAUCAGAUGUCCAAGGCGGGCAAGCUCACAGUACCUGCUAUGAAUGUUAAUGAUUCAGUGACGAAGAACAAGUUUGACACUUACUACACAUGUCGCGACUCCAUAUUGGACAGUCUAAAGCGUACAACAGACAUCAUGUUUGGAGGCAAGCAGGUCGUCGUCUGUGGCUACGGCGACGUUGGCAAGGGCUGUGCCCAAGCUCUGCGUGGACAGGGAUGCAUUGUGUACAUAACUGAGAUUGAUCCAAUCUGUGCACUUCAAGCGGCCAUGGAUGGAUAUCGGGUGGUGCGAUUGCCAGAGGUAGUGCGACAAGUAGAUGUGGUGGUUACAGCCACUGGCAAUAAGAAUGUCGUCACACGUGAUCACAUGAACCGCAUGAAGAAUGGCUGCAUCGUUUGCAACAUGGGGCAUUCCUGCUCGGAGAUUGAUGUGAGCAGUUUGCACACACCGGAGCUGACUUGGCAGAGAGUGCGUUCGCAGGUUGAUCAUAUCAUUUGGCCUGAUGGCAGGAUGAUCAUUCUCCUUGCCGAGGGACGCUUAGUGAAUCUCUCCUGCUCCACCAUCUCAUCCUUUGUUGUCUCAGUGGCAUCAUCCACCCAGGCACUGGCCCUCAUAGAGCUUUUCUCUGCGCCGGGACGCUACAAGUCCGACGUCUAUUUGUUGCCAAAGAAGAUGGAUGAAUAUGUAGCCAGUCUUCAUUUGGCAACGUUUGAUGCCCAUCUUACCGAACUAACAGAUGCCCAGUCAAAAUUUCUGGGCUUAAGCAAGGCUGGGCCUUUUAAAGCAAACUAUUACAGAUAUUAAAGAGCAUAGAGGAGCUGAUCAAUUGUUAUUAUCAAUCUGAUAUGAAAUGCAAAUAAAAAUAUUUAUACAUUCAACCUCAA